AGCAAAAGGCUUCAGUGUUCGGUGCAACCAGUCUGGCUGGGUACCAACCUGCUCCCUGGAACAAGGCGAAGAUGGGGGAGCCCGGCAGCCCCGCACUCCAGGCUGUUCUCUUCGAGCCGUUCCCCAGCAGCACCGUACGGAGCCCAGAUCCCCCGUUCGCCCUCUCAGAGCAGGCUCCCGCCCUGGAGAAGGGCUUUGAGGAGUGGGCAGUCAGCGGGGGCAGCGGGCUGAACGACAGUGAGCCCGAGGACUUCCUCAACGUGCUCAUCAACCCCAACGAGGUGUACAGCCCGGGCAGCGACAGCGGCAUCUCGGACGAGCCCAGCUCGGCCAGCCCCCAGCCCGGCGAGGGGGCCCCCGCCGCCUUCUGUGACCAGAGCGCCCCCCUCCACAGCGACGUGGUCUCCAUCCAGCUGGGUGACUGGUCGUCCCCCCUGCUGAUCCCUGACGCCUGCAUCGUGAAUGAGCUGCCGUCUGCACCCCCGUCCGCCCUGGCCAGGCCUGGCACGGUGCCCAUGGUGGUGAGCGCUGGGGACAUGCAGGCAGCUGUGGCCCUGCAGCUGCAGUUCCCGGAUCUGUUCCUGACGGACGAGGAGAAGCGGCUGCUCUCGCAAGAGGGGGUGUCCCUGCCCAGUAACCUGCCCCUCACCAAGGCCGAGGAGCGGCUCCUGAAGAAGGUGCGGAGGAAGAUCCGGAACAAGCAGUCGGCCCAGGACAGCCGGCGGCGGAAGAAGGAAUACAUCGACGGGCUGGAGAACCGGGUGGCAGCAUGUUCAGCCCAGAACCAGCAGCUGCAGAAGAAGGUGCAGGAGCUGGAGAAACACAAUUUGUCUCUGCUGGGCCAGCUGCGAAAGCUGCAAGCGCUGAUCAAACCCAUGUCCAGCAAGGCAGCGCAGACCAGCACCUGCGUCCUGAUCCUGAUCUUCUCCCUGGGACUCAUCAUCUUCCCCAGCUACAGCCCCCUGCGCAGGGGGGCGCAGGGCAGCCAGGACGGCUACCAGCCCACCGGAGUGAUCUCCAGGAACAUCCUGAACCAGGGGGAGUUCUCAGAACUGGCCGAAGCCCCCGGCACCCAGGAGCCGCCGGCCCCAGAGCCUGAACCACCCGUGGGGGAGCAGCUGGGGCCCGAGGCCGCGGCGGAGGAUGGAGUGGAAGGGGCAGACGGGAGCCAGAAGGGCACAAACACGUCCGCUCAGACCCAGCUGGAGCAGCCGGCAGCUCCCAUGGGGCUGCCCCAGGGGAACGGACCCGGAGCCAGCAGGGACGCAGCUAAGUCAGCCCAUGCCGACGAGAUGUGAGGGGCAGCAGGGACCAGACUGGCCGGAGAGCUGCUUUGCCAGGGCUGGCUGGGGGACGGGGGGCACAGCAUCUCCAGGGGUCCCCUGGGGCACCACAGAGUCUGGACGAGCAGCAGCUUUCGAAGGAGUUUCAGCACAAUGCACCAUAUUUUCCCUAUAAACCAGCGAUUGGAACGCUCCGGGGAAUACACAUUCCCUCCCUGUAGUGCCUUCGUCGACGAUGAAAACGCGUUCGACGGCGUAGAGAUCAGUGCAGGGCUGAAAGCUCUCGCAGAGCAGGGCAUCCACACAAACUAGAUCAAACUACACAGGAAGCAAAUGCUGACGGCACUACGGAUAGAACUUUGUUUGAUACCCCCCUUCGCAUCCCAGGUAAGAACGGUGUGAAACAAGGAGAGACGCUUUCCCCGAAACUCUUCACAGCCUGCCUCGAAAUGUUAAUGCGGCGGAUGAAUUGGGAGGGUGGAAUCAACAUCAACGGAGAGCAGUGAAACCAUCUCAGAUUCGGGGACGAUAUUGUGUUGAUCGCUGAAAAUACUACCAGACUGGAGAAAAUGCUACGAGAACUCAACACAAAAAGCAGCGAAGUUGGACUGAAAAUUCACCGCUCCAAAACGAAAUGUACGCGGUCUGGUACCUGGCCAAAAGCCCGAAUAACAAUCGAUGGAGAACCAAUCGAAGAAGUUGAGCAAUACGUCUAUUUGGGCCAAGAAAUUAGCAUCAGGAAGGUGAGCUCUCGCGAAGAAGAAAGCAGGUUGUGCGCAUUCAAUUCUAUCAAGGAGGCUUUUGACUGGAAGGAAAUAAGUAGCCGCAGUCAAGCUCCGCCCACAACCCCCAAACUCCACCCACAAUUCCACAUUGCCCAGCUGUUUCUACUAAAAUGCUCAGCCAGGCAAUUGUCCACCAUUAGGUUCCAGAGUCAGCACCGUACCCCAGGCUGCUGGCGCCUCUCUCUGGGCUCUCUGCUGACCCGGGGGGGGGGGGGAGUUUCGUGGGAACCAAAAGGGCUAGAAAUGUUCCGUUUUAGACUAAAACUUUAAUGGUGCCGGCUGCACCAGGCGCAGGAAAAGGCCGGUCUGGGCGGAGCCUGCCCCCGGCGCA